AUGCCAAUAGCAUUAUCAUCAGAAUCUCUUAAUAAUUAUGAAAGUAAUGAUGACGAGGAUUAUUAUGAAAAUGAUAACGAACUUGGUAACAAUAACAGCAAACUUGGUGACAAUGACAACGAACUUAGUGAAAAUAACAUCAAGCUUGGUGAAAAUGAAGUCGAACUUGGUGAAAACUAUGAUGAUCAAGACGAGAAUAUUGAUCAUGAUGAUACUGAACCUGAAAAUCCUGAUAAUACAAAAAGCAUUA